AUGUCGGCUUCUCCCACCAACCUGCAGUCGACCAAGCGUCCUCUUGAGGAUCCGUCGUCGCCCUCGGGCCCCACCGACCAGCCCGAGGCCAAGCGUCCCGCGUUGGACAAAGUAGUCCGGAACGACGGUGACGCCGAGACCGAGAAGAUCCCCGCCAUCGAUGGUUCCAAGGAUACCCAGGAAGACACCGUCGUCCCUGAUGCACCCAAUGGCAAGGGACCCAGCACCGAGACCCAGCCUAUCCAGUCGACUGCCUCGCAUGGGGACCGCGCCGGCUCUCAGUCCGAUCAGCAGGGUCCGCCCCAGGAUGAGACGAAUUGGGUACAUAUUCGUGCCGUAAUCUCCAGCCCGGAGGCAGCUACCGUCAUUGGAAAGGGAGGUGAGAAUGUGUCCCAGAUCCGUCGUCUGUCGGGUGCCAAGUGCACCGUCAGCGAUUAUUCUCGGGGUGCCGUGGAGCGUAUUUUGACCGUGAGCGGCCCCCAGGAUGCCGUUGCCAAGGCGUUUGGUCUGAUCAUCCGUACCCUGAACACUGAACCCCUUGAUGCCCCUUCCACUGCCCAGUCCAAGACGUACCCCCUGCGUUUGCUAAUGCCGCACAUUCUCAUCGGCUCUAUCAUCGGCAAAGGUGGUAGUCGCAUCCGUGAGAUCCAGGAGGCAUCCGGUGCGCGGCUCAACGCCUCCGACGCCUGCCUUCCACUCUCCACCGAGCGUUCCCUCGUCAUUCUCGGCGUGGCCGAUGCCGUGCACAUCGCUACCUACUACGUUGCAGUCACCCUGGUUGAGCAGCUGACCGAACGUUUCGGCGGUCCUGCGGCUUCAGCCUACGCCACCCGCAGCGGCGGUCCUGCUGGCGCCGUGCCGGGCGGCAUGCAAGUGGUUCCAUACGUUCCCCAGCCAGCUGGCGGCCAGUACGGCCACCCGGACACCUUCAAGCGACACCACCCGCACCCCAACCGUGCCCAAGCCGGCGCCUACGGUGUCCCCUACAUGCACGGCCAGCCUGCUCCCACUCCCGUGGGCCAGCCGGCAAUGCCCUAUGGCGGUGCCCCGCAUACUCCUUAUGCUGGCGCCGGUCCUCAUCAGCCCGCGCCCUACGCCGGUGGCCCGCAGCCGAGCCCCAACCGCGGUGCCCCACAGCAAGCUCCCCAAGCUCCGGUGGGCGGCGCCAUGCCCGGCCAGCCACUGACCCAGCAGAUCUACAUCCCCAAUGACAUGGUCGGAGCCAUCAUCGGCAAGGGCGGCGCCAAGAUCAACGAGAUCCGUCAUCUGAGUGGCAGCGUUAUCAAAAUCAAUGAGCCCCAGGAGAGCAGCAAUGAGCGUCUGGUCACUAUUACCGGUACCCAGGAGUGCAACCAGAUGGCUCUGUACAUGCUGUACUCGCGACUUGAAAGCGAGAAGCACCGAGUCUGA